AUGCGCAUCUUCACCAGCUCGCCGUCCUCGCUGGCGGUUCUCCUCGUGUCCUCCCUCCUUCCUGAUUACGCCCUGGCGGGGGACGGAUACUGGAUUAGGUCUGUUCUGGGUGCCCGCAAUGGCGCUGGCCACGGUUCUGGCUCUAACUCGGCCACUGGGGUCAGCUCCAACAGCAAGUCCAACCUGAAGACCUUGACCAUGACAAUGGGAUCUACGACCAUUACAGAGCCUGGUGGCCAAUAUAACUGGGCUGAUGUGAACCGGACAUACAUCGCCUUGGGCCUGGAACUGUCCGUCAACCUUAGCUCGCUCGAUCCCCUCGACAUUCUUGCCUCGUCCAGCAUCUACCUUUCAUAUGUCCAGCCGGGCCUGCAAGUGAGAUCAGAAGAAAACCCGACGCUGAUCUCCGAGAUGAACCCACUCGUACCGUUCCAGAUGACCGGCGAGGGGGCUGGUGCGCCUCAAAUGCUCUUCAUGCUUCUCUACGUCCAGCCGCAUCCCCUCGUUGUCCAAGAUCGCUACAAGCUGGCCUUCUCCGGCAUGAAGUCGGACGCCUCAAAGCGUGAGAACUUUAACUUGGAGACCUUUUGCGACAGCGCCGGUAUCAAGACUCUGAAGGCGUCGACAUGGUUGAUGGUCAACGGCACUGCGGGCGGAAAAGGACAAGGAGAAACAGUCCCCGGCUCGAUGCAAGUGAGCCUAGGUCCACCGGCCACAACUGGGACAAGCGGCGGCACCGGCACAACGACGACGGGAGGUACUGGGGGAAGCGACGACCAAGAAAUUACCACCAUCGCUCCGGUACCCAUCAGCUCCGUCACCAACUCCAGUGUCGUGACAACCAGCACCAGCGCCGGCGGCUUCUUUGGUUUGCCAAGGCCAACACUGGAACCAGGUUCAGAUUACCCAAGCGCGAUACCGACCGGUUCAGACGAGGACUCGCCCUCCUGUUCUGCGGGCGCGACAGCCACGGUGACGGUCACCGCCACGGUUGACGAGCAAGGCAAUCCGUUUACGCCUUCUUCUGCUUUGUCCACUUCUGACCUGCCGACCACGACUUCUGGGGCGUUCCCCAGUGAGGGUUUGACUAGCACGCUUCCUGGCGGACCCGGGAAUGGGACUGUCCCAUGCACUGCUACUGGACCCCCUGGAUCAACGCCUACUGACGGCAGUUGUGAGGGUGGCGAGGGUGGUGACGAGGAGGGUGGUGACGAGGAGGGUGGUGACGAGGAGGGUGGUGACGAGGAGGGUGGUGACGAGGAGGGUGAUGAAUCGACGACAACGACGGAACCGGACGAGUCAGAGACAACAGAACCUCCUUGUGAUACGUGCGAGAGUUCUGGGUCCUCUGACAUCGUCGGCCCGACAAGCACGGGCGCAGAGGAGUUGACAACAACAACAGAGCCAGACGAGUCAGAGACAACAACUCCUCCUGCUAGCUUGACUGCAACUUCCAGAGAGAUCAGCACUACUAUCACCAAACUCACUACCCUCCGCCCUGUUCCACACAACUCUACAAGCAUAGGGACGGGCACUGGUGGAAUUCGGCCCACCACCACGAUCCCCAUUGUAGAGGCCGGUGGGGUCAGGGACACCCCAUCACGGGCCCUCGCAUUGGGAGGCACAAUUCUCAUUCUCUUUGUGUUCUUGUGA